AUGUCGGAUGCUCUAUACGCUGCUGAGCCAGCUGACAUCGACGUCGACACGGAAUAUUCCGACUUCCAAGAAGAGGACGACAAUGAUGCGGACCGCAUGUCCUAUGCUACACAACUCAGGGGAGGCUCGUUAGCAUCAAACAUCACUAGAUAUCGGUACGAGAAUGGAAGACGAUAUCAUGCCUACCGAGAUGGAACCUAUUACCAGCCCAACGACGCGCAAAGCCAAUCCUACGAAGCCAUAGUACACCAUCUCUGGCUCCUAACCCUGCACGACAAGCUCUUCCUCGCGCCCCUCGCCAACCCCGCGCGUAUCCUCGACAUCGGCUCCGGCACCGGCCUCUGGGCCGUCGACAUAGCAGACCACUUCCCGCACGCCGAAGUAACCGCCACGGACCUGUCGCCCAUCCUGUACACCAGCGCCCCACCAAACCUAACCUACGAGAUCGACGAUGCAAAUCUCCCCUGGACGUAUCCGCCCAAUCACUUCGACUUUGUACAUAUCCGCGGGCUGACGGGGUGUAUACGCUCGUGGUCGAAUACGUACGCGCAGGUGUAUGAGCACUUGCAGCCCGGUGGGUGGGUGGAGCACCUCGAGUUCAGCGUAGACACGAGUGCGGAUCCGCACGGUGAGCGCGAGGCAGAUCGGAUGUUCACCGCGUUCUCGAACAGCAUGAUCGGUGCGGGAGAGAAGACGGGCAUGACGUUUAGUAUUGUGCGGCAGAUGGGCCAGUUGAUGCAUGAAGCUGGCUUUGUCGACAUACACGAUGUCAAGUUUAUAUGGCCUAUUGGUACCUGGCCUAAAGAUGCUCACUUGAAGGACCUUGGGCGGUGGGGAGAGCGGAAUUGGAGUGAAGGGAUUGAGGGCUGGAUCUUGGCGCUGUACACCAGAGUGCUGGGGUGGACAUAUGCUGAAGUGCAGGAUUUUGCGAGGGAGUUUAGGAGGGUGAUUAAGAAUCGGAAAAAUCAUCUCUGGCAUGAGGUAAGGUGCGUGUAUGCAAGGAAACCGUUUGACCAUGAGAUAGUGAGGAGGGAGGAGAAACGAGAUGGGGGUGAAUAGAAAGAAUCUUCGUUGGACAAUGUUCAUAUUAAAUGCCGUUGUCUCAUGCUCGUUGCAUUACUAUAUCGCGCGCGCUUCCAAGAAGCCCAGGUAUGCUCGUCAUCGAUUCGCCAGGCGCCCAAACUGU